AAAACGGAGUGGAGUGAGGCGAAAGCGUAAGAAAACGAAACAACAGGGAGAUCAUACAAACUUUGAAACAGAUAGUGAACGGAGUGAGGCUACAGGGAGGAUCCAGGUAGAGGAGUAUAAAGUCAUGAUAAAACUUCGGCAAGAGGGGGCAUCUUUCGUCCAGAGGGUGGCGGUAAUGCUCCAGUAAGUUGGUUGCCAACCGCCGUAAAACCAAACAGAAGAAGAAGAAGAAGAAGAAGAAGAAGAAGAAGCAGAGUCUUGAGUCUCUGUAGUUCACAGUCUCACCGCUUAGUGGCUCAGUGCCAUAGCUCAGUGCCCUCUGCCUCCACGUGACACCUCUGUACAAAGUCCUUCCGGUCUCUUCGUCUCUCAGAAAGGAAAAUGGCGGCCCUCGGACGGUUCUCUCAAAUGUUGCUGCGGUCUUCUCUGACCCAGACCCGGCGUCAGCUUUCUGCUGCUGCUGAGGGACACGGCGACCAAGCAGCACGGACCUGGAAGAUUCUCACCUUUGUGGUUGCUCUACCUGGUGUUGCAGUGUGCAUGUUGAAUAUGUACCUGAAAGAGCAGCACCAUACCCACGAACAGCCAGAGUUUGUCCCUUACUCUCACCUCCGCAUUCGCAGCAAGCGUUUCCCUUGGGGCGAUGGCACCAAAACCCUUUUCCACAACUCGCAUGUGAAUGCCCUUCCUGACGGCUAUGAGGGCCAUGAUGAGAAAGCCCUCCUCCAGACCUCUUAACUGGCACAGAGACCAGUCCUCCCUCUGUAUUUGUUACUUGACCACACCUACAUUUACAGUUUACUCUUCAGUUUUGUUGUUUUACCUCUGUGCUCUCACCACGGGGCACCCGAACCAAUAGCUCCUUUACUUUGGACCAUAAAGCAAAAUGUCAGACUGAAACUGAAUUAACAUAAAUAAAGUAACUAUUAUUACCUCA